GACCCAAGUCCAAUUUUUUUUUUUAUGAAUAUACUAUUUUUUCACAUUCCCGUGACCCAGGCGAUUCAAACAUACACACCCAUAAACGAAUUUCUAAUCACAUUCUUCUACCAUUUGUAUUCUGCCCAUAACCUCUGAACAGAGCACACAACUCCGAAGCAAAAUCCAUUUUUUCAAUUCCCUAUGUUUUGAAGGCAAUCACUAUCCUCUUUCUCUUUUGGAGAUGCUAAUCCUCUUGCUUCUUCUUUGAUGGGUUCAAUUGGAUUCUUCUGUUUGAUGCUUUUAAUCUCAAGAUAAUAGACUGGAGGCGUUUUGUUGAGCUUGGGAAGCUUCUGGGCUCUAAUGGGUCUCACCAGACCUCAUAAGCCCACUAAUGGCUUCUCUCCCAGAUGGGUUUUUCUGUUUUGCAUUGCUAGUUUCUUCCUCGGUAUUUUUGUUGUCGACAGACUUGAAACUUCCAAAUAUGGAUUCACAGGGCAGAUCUGCAAUGUUUUGGGCCGUGCCUGAUCCAGUUCAAACAGAUGAGGAUGCAUCUUUAGAUAAAGUCCAAUCAAAAACUUCUCACCCCAUUGUUAAUUGUGAGAAGAAGGCAAGUUCCUUUCAGGCUGAUAUUCUUUCUCAAGUAUCACAAACCCACGAUGUUAUCAUGACAUUAGACAAAACAAUCUCAUCAUUGGAGGUGCAGCUAGCUGCAGCUAGAGCCUCUAAAGCGGAUAACGAUGAAGGAUCUCCUAUGGUUACAGAACCCGGAGCCAAGAUUUUGAAGGAGCGACCAAAGGUUUUCUUUGUUAUGGGAAUCAUUACGGCUUUCAGCAGUAGAAAGCGAAGAGACUCCAUUAGAGAAACAUGGAUGCCUCAAGGUGAAGAACUAAGGAAGCUGGAGGUGGAGAAGGGAAUUAUAAUACGCUUUGUCAUUGGACAUAGUGCAACUCCUGGUGGGGUGUUGGAUCGUGCUGUUGAUGCAGAGGAGGCACAGCAUAAGGAUUUUCUAAGACUGAACCACGUAGAAGGAUAUCAUGAAUUAUCCUCAAAAACCCAAAUAUACUUCUCAACAGCAGUUGCUAAGUGGGAUGCAGAUUUCUUUAUCAAAGUAGAUGAUGAUGUUCACAUAAAUCUUGGUAUGGUAGGCUCUACUUUGGCCCGUCAUAGAUCAAAACCACGCGUUUAUAUUGGUUGCAUGAAGUCGGGCCCAGUUCUUGCUCAAUCAGGGGUAAAGUACCAUGAACCUGAAUACUGGAAAUUUGGUGAGGAAGGCAACAAGUAUUUUAGACAUGCAACUGGCCAAAUUUAUGCCAUUUCCAAAGAUUUGGCUACCUACAUUUCAGUUAAUAGGCCUAUACUACAUAAAUAUGCAAAUGAAGAUGUUUCCCUGGGUUCAUGGUUCAUUGGACUAGAUGUGGAACACAUUGAUGAUAGGAGCCUUUGCUGUGGCACUCCACUUGAUUGUGAGUGGAAGGCUCAAGCUGGGAAUCCAUGCGCAGCUUCAUUUGAUUGGAGUUGUAGUGGGAUUUGCAAAUCAGUAGAGAGAAUGGAGGAAGUUCAUCAGAGGUGUGGGGAAGGUGAUGAAGCUAUUUGGCACACUAGUUUUUAGAAAAAUCCUUUGCAUUUGAUAUCUUUAUUUUUGUCACUGUAUAUUUGUAGAUUAUCUGUUUGUAUUAUCAAGUUAUCAACCCACACUAAUGUUCACAAACCAACCCCAUCUGCCCAAUGUUUUGCUUAUUUUUCAUUAUUACAAGGCAGUGGCUGUUGAUUAAUUUAAUUAAUGGGUUUCAUCUGUUGAGGAAA